AUUUCACCUACCUUUCGUUUGUAAACAACACAAACCAGGCGGCUUGUCAGAGAGCCAGGGAAGUAGCAGAACCAAUUUUACCGCGCUCGCUUCACUCCAGUCAACAUGGGUCAUCAUAAUCGUCACUUCGCUGGCGACCGCUACGCAUUGAAAGGAGCUUGGAGCCCUCCAACAAGUAGCGCCAAUUUUUGUGAAGAAGACUACGUUGUUACGAGAUAUAUCGCCGAGUUCAUCAGUUCCCUGACCAAUUUCGCAUACAUAUACUUUGCAUUUCGGUACAUGUAUGGCCCCGGUAGCCAAGGUCUUUUCGCACCAAACUUGGAUUUCAUGUCAAUUUCGUUAUUUGUGCUGGGUAUCUGCUCGUUCCUAUUCCACGCAUCACUCCGCCAAACCCUCCAGUUUGCCGACGAGUUGGGAAUGCUACUACUGGCUUGGUCACUGCUGCAAGGUAUCUUGACACGACCGCGUCGAACUGCUCAAAACAGACUAGUCAAUACAGUCUUGGCCAUCAUUUUCCCCCUUUUCUCGGCUUUCUACAUUUGGACUGGAAAGAUCAUUUACCACGCCGUCGUGUACUUCAUGAUCUGUGUGCUGAUCACGGCCCGGGGCCAAUACUUGUUCUAUUUCCGGAAGCCUGAGUUUCCAAAAGACAAGCUUAUCGAUUGGAGGAUCCGCGGUCGAAGACAGCUUGCUUCUCUUGUGGUAGCAUACAUUCUGUGGAAUAUCGAUCUUGAGUUUUGCACAGAACUUCGAGCUUUUAGGGAACAAAUUGGUUUACCCUGGGCCUGGUUAUUCGAGUUCCACGGUUGGUGGCAUUUGAUGACUGCGUAUAGUGCAUCGUCUUUUAUGGACACCGUACGGGAACUACAACGGGAAAUGAAGGAGGAGAAGGAGGAUUAAAGUAUAAUGGGUGAUAGAAUACCUUAUUAGACGCAUCCUAGGAUUGGCGCGAGUCGCUCAAGCCCAGAAGUUUGCUCUUUGCCUAGAGGACGAUCUCUAUCUGCUUAAUUCAAUAGUAAAUACUCA